ACAAUUUCAUUCAGGAGUCUCUCAGCUAAAGAUCACUUUCAAUAUGUCCGUUUCUGAUCUGAUCGGUGCCAUCGAGGCCAUUCCCAAGCUCACAGCUCCCAGGCCUCCCCCGGCUGCCAGUUCGGUUUUCCUGGAUGCUCCUGAAUGGCUAACGGAGAGCUACCUGGUGGAUGCCCUGCAAAAGUACUACAAGGACCCGAGGAUCAGGAUCGACUGGGUCAAGGUGAAUCCUGCUCUGGGCAAGGGUGAAAACUACGGCGGAGUCCUCACCCGAGUGAAGGCUCAGUUCACCCGGGGAGAUGGUAGUUCCCAGCUGGGUCACUACAUCGUGAAGUCCACCUUCGAGGGCAAUGAGUUCGCCCAGAACGCCAUGGAGCCCUACGACAUCUUCAACCGCGAGAUGAUUAUCUACGAGCAGGUCCUGCCCAAGCAGAAGGCGCUCCUCCUCGAGAUCGGAGAUGGCGAGCAGAUCUUCGCCGAAACCAUGGCAGUGGACAUUGGUAACUCUGCACUGAUCUUCGAGGACCUGAAUGCCCGUGGCUUUGUGAUGCCAGACCGUUUGGUCGGCUUGGAUCUCAAACUGGCUCGUAUUGUGCUCCGGAAACUGGCCAAGAUGCAUGCCACCUCCGCGGUUUUGAACGAGCGUGAGAGUCACAGUCUGGAGGGCUACGAUCGAGGUUUCUUCAACCGAUACACCGAGAAUUACGCACCAGCAUUCGUGGGCAUGUUCCAGGCGGCAUCCCGUCGAGUGGCUCAGUGGCCAGGAUACGAGAAGUACGCCGAGAAGAUGGACGCCCUGGUGCCCAUCUACAUGGAGCUGGGAAAACGCAUCUUCGACAUCAGCCCGGGCCACAUUAAUGUCCUGGCUCACGGAGAUCUGUGGACCAACAAUGUGCUGGUCAAGUACGAUAAGGAAACCGGGGAGCCAUUGGAUGUCAUCAUCAUUGACUUUCAAUACACGGCGUGGGGAUCGCCGGCCCUCGAUCUCUUCUACUUCAUGAACACCUCGCUGGAGUUCGACCUCCAUCAGAACCAUCAGGAGCAGCUGAUUGCCUACUACUUCGGCAUUUUCUCAGACACUCUAAGGAAGUUGCAGUACCAGGCUCCAGUUCCCAGCUUGCACCAGUUCCACCAGCAGUUGCACGAGAAGAAGUUCUACGCUGCUCACACAUCCAUCUCCGUGUUUCCGAUUCAACGAAAUGUGGAGACCGCCGAUGCCGAUUUUAAUGCCCUGAUGGAAAGUAACCAGCGGGCCAUUAACUUCAAGAACGCCUGCUAUAGAAAUCCAAUUUCACAAAGGAUUUUGCGGGAACUAUUGCCCACCUUCGAUGCAGAGGGUUUGCUCGAUGCAGAUCAGUGAGAUAGAUUCAAAAAUCCUAUUAUCUUACACCUGUGUUAUAUAGUCCAAAUUAUAUGUACUUAGAGAUAUAUUAGACGAACUAUUUUUAGGUUAGAUAAUGUAAUCACAUUUGUAAAGAAUAACCGAACAGUAUACAUAUUCAUUAUACGUAGCUAAACUUUUAUUCAAAUACAUGUUAUUUAAUACACUAUUACCAACAA